AUGGGUCAAUAAUAAACGUAGCCUAUGAAAGCCUUAUUUAAUGUUGGAAGUGAUAAUGUAUCCUAAAAAUGCAUAUAAAAUUAUAGGAAUUUCAAGUGAAAUUAACACUCUUUUUAGGUUAGGAUUCACCUCCAAUUUUACCUAUUGAGGCUAGAGAUGUUAUUAAACAUGAAAAAUUUCCAUAACUAUUCGAAUUACUUAUUGAGAGAAUGAAACAUGAAAAUAAUAAGGUUAUUUAGAACACCUUAAAAAAUUUAACAAUUUUUAUUCCAAUAUUAUUGGCAGAAAAUCAUUAAUUAAUCAUUUCUAAUAAUUCUUAAGUUGAAGUUGAAGUAAUUAAUAGAAUUACAGUUGUAAAAGCAGAUGAAGAUUUAGAACCAUUUGAAGCUGCUAAUUUAGCUUAACCAAGAAUGUUUAGAAUUAUAGAUAAUCUAAUGACUUUAUUAUUUAAACCUGGAUUUACAAUAUAAGGAAGAGAUACAUUUAAUUUGGAGAAUGAUCCUAGAUUGAAAUCUUUAUUAAAAUAAUGGCUUGAUAAAGAUAUCAAAUUGAAAUUAGAAAAUAUUUGGAGAGGUUUAGCUACUUUAACCAAGUAUCCAAAUGAUUAAAAAUAAUAUUAUGAAAAUAGAGUCUUAGUUUUAAGUUGUUUGCUUGCCUGCUUAGAGGAAUAAUUAUAUCUAUAAGAACCAAAAUCAAGUUAAGCAUUAAAAUAUUUGGCUUUUGAAGAUCAUGCUGAAAUGUUUGCAUCUCUUUGGGCAGUCAUUCUAUUUCAUAAACAUGCUUAUUUUUGGUUUUAAGAUAAUUUAUUAUAUCAAUAAAAAACAUGUAGAUUUAUGGCAAUACUUAGUGCAUAAAUUUUGAAUUUAAUCUUCUCAUUUGAAUAUGAUGAUAAUAAAUUUAGAAAAAUUGUAAUAGAAACUAACCUACUUGAUUAUUCUUUUGAUUUGUUGGUUGAAAAUAUGCAACAAUCCCUUAUUUAUGAUACAAAUUUCAUUACAAGCAAAGCUCAUGAUAAUAAAGGAGUCUAAGAAUUCAUGGGUUUGCUUUAUUUCUUGUUGACUAAAAACCAGUUUGCAGAUGAUUAUUUAAAACAUCUUUCUAAAUAAAGGAUUAUUAAUUUAUUUUAAUUAAUCUUAUAUUACAUAGCAUAAUUUAUGGAUAAUGAAGUUAAUUAUGAAGUUUAUUAAAUUUCAUUAGAAUUGUUAGACUUUAUUUUUAAUUAUGAAAACAUAGCAAAGAUAUCAUAAGAAAUUGUUGAUAUUUAAUAUAGAGUGAAAGUUUUGCCUAUUACUUCAGGAACUUAUUAAGAUUUUAUAAUUAGUUAUUACGGUCAUCUUUUAUUUUUAGAUUUCAGAAGCAGAACCAAAUUUUAUGUUGAGCAUUUCAAAAAGAAGAAUCUAGAUUAUUAAAAUAUGGGAUAUAUUAUAAAUUAUCACUCAGAUUUAUUGUGUAGAACAUUAUAUAAGAUGUCAUAAUAUACAAAAUAAAUCUCAAUAGAUGCUUCACUCAUAUUUGAUUAGGCAUUCAAAAAGUAUUACCUUUACGAAUUUUUAUUUUUGAAUACUAAUUAAAUUAAGAAUCAAGAAUUGUUGACUUUAUCAUUAUUUAAUUUUAUAAAAAAUGGAUGUUGGACUGUUUUAUAUCAUUUAGUUUAGAAUUGCGAAUAUAUUGUUAAAUUCUAGGUUACAGACAAAAAAUUGUUAAAGUUUUUCCAAUGUUGUUCAGAAGACUAAUAAGGAAUGAAUAAUUAAGAAAUAUAAAAUUAAGAGUUUUAGGAUAGUAUAAUUAGAUUCUAUUUUAGGAUUUUAGAAAUAUAUGGAAAUUUGGAAGGAUAUAAAGAUACGAUUCUAAGGGCUUCACGUUUAAUAGUUAAAAUAAAUAAUUGGUGCUACUGUUGCACUUUUAAAUGCAGCCACAAAAGUAAUUUAAGGAAUAACAAAAGAAGAAUUUAUUGAUCUAUUUAAGAAAAAUAGUUGGUCUUUUAUCUUAGAUUAUUAAGUUGAAUUAGAAAAACGCCAAUUUUAAUUAGAUGUCUAUGCUUUUAAGUAAUAUAAACAACAACUCGAAUAUAUGCCAUUAAUUGAUUUAGAAAAAUGCAUUUUUAUUUGA